GGGGCCGUUGCCUUCUACGUCACCCACCUUGCCCACGCUCACGCGCGCAAUAGAACCUCGCGAGACCAGCCCUUGCCUUGCUGUGGUGCGCCUUUUGCCCCGCGAGAAGAACAGACCCUCCUCCUUGCAGGCUUUUCACCUUUUUUUUUUCUGGCCAAGGGCUAGAGGCUCCGCCCCUCGGCGGGCGGAGCGCCUGAGGAGGGCCCGCCGGGCGGCCGGUGCCCGGAAGCGGAAGCGGUGGGGCGCGCGCGCGUCUGUGAGGCGGCGAAGUGCAUAUUUCCAUGUGAAGAUAUGUCCAUGUACUGCUGAAGAUGUUCUCAGUUUGCCCCAUAAAUAUGUGAUGCCUGAGGUCAAAGUAGGGGUGUAAAAUGGCUAAGAGAGUGGCAGAGAAAGAGCUGACGGACAGGAACUGGGAUCAAGAAGAAGAAACAGAGGAGAUGGGAACUUUCUCAGUGGCCAGUGAAGAAGUUCUGAAGAACCGAGCCAUUAAGAAGGCAAAGCGUAGAAAUGUGGGAUCAGAGGCUGACAGUGGAGGAGCUUUUAAAGGUUUUAAAGGUUUUGUUCUAUGUUCUGGAGGUGCUGGGUUUUCUGGCUUUGGCAAUGGCACCGGCACCAGCACCAAGCCCUUUGGACUCUCCAAUGGUAGCAGCAGCAUUACAAACACUUCUUCAUAUAUUGGCUUCAAGGCAGCUGCUGAAACACAAACUACAUUAACCAACCCUGUGGUAUCCAGUGGCUCCAUAAAUAAACCUGCAAGCCUAGAAACUAAUGGUGAGAGUCAGCAGUCGCCAUCCUCAGGAUCCACUCAAAGCCCAGCAUGCAGCUCUGAUGUCUACCACAAGCAGCUAGCUGCUCUCAACUGUUCAGUGCGUGACUGGAUAGUAAAGCAUGUAAAUGCCAAUCCACUCUGUGACUUGACACCAAUCUUCAGAGACUAUGAAAAAUACCUAGCUGAGAUAGAACAACAUGGGAUCAGUAGUGACAGUGGCUCAGAGAGCGAUAGUAACAAGGCAGUUGGAAGUCAGCCUGGCACUGCAUUUGGCAGUUCAAGUCUCCAGCAAAGCUCACCAUUUUUCUUUAGCAGCAACAAGUCUGAGGAUUUGCCUGGCAAGAUUAUGGAAAUGGAAAAGAAACCAGAACCAAAACCAGGGUCUAAGUCAGCCGUCACAUUUACUUUUGGCAAGAGCGUUGACAGCUCAGGGCUGAAUUCAAGUGCAUUGCCUAAUUUCUCAUUCUCUUCUGGAAGUGCAAGUUUAUUUGGCAAAGAUGCAAGCCAGGGCAGCCUUCCUUCAUUUUCCAGCAAGGUAUCAGAUACACAGAUGGAAAGUGCCAGCAACGAAGAUAAAGGAGCUGAAGAAGAGGAGGAGCCACCAAAAGUUGUUGUUAAUGAAGUAAAGGAAGAUGACGCCUUCUACUCCAAGAAAUGCAAAAUCUUCUACAAGAAAGACAAUGAAUUUAAAGAAAAAGGUGUAGGAACAUUACACUUGAAGCCUGCAGGAAAUCAGAAGACUCAGCUGUUAGUACGGGCAGACACCAAUUUAGGCAACAUACUGCUGAACAUUUUGGUGCCCCCUAACAUGCCAUGCUCAAGGACAGGGAAGAACAACGUCCUCAUUGUCUGCAUUCCAAACCCACCCAUCGAUGAGAAGAACGCCACCGUUCCCGUUCCCAUGCUGAUCCGAGUCAAAACGAGUGAGGAUGCUGACGAACUGCACAAAAUCCUGACGGAGAAGGGGGCCUGAAGCCCUCUGGGAUGUUGGGAGGAGAACUUGCCAAACCGCUGCUGCUACUCACUUUUCCCCCCUUGACACUUACUAGUCACUUCACUCACUACUCUUACAUUCUGAGAACUGGUCUAAGAAUGCUGGAGGGAGAAAGAAAAAGCAAGGAAGCCAAUAAAAGCUUUAACUUGA